AUGGCACCACCAACCAACCGCGAUGAGAUCCUCGCCCGCCUCCGCCGCCAGAUCUCAGACGGAAAGCCCAUCGUCGGCGCUGGAGCCGGCAUCGGCCUAUCCGCCAAAUCCGUCGAAGCCGGCGGCGGCGAUCUAAUCAUAAUCUACAACAGCGGCCGCUUCCGCAUGGCCGGGCACGGCAGUCUCGCGGGUCUAAUGCCCUACAGCAACGCCAACGAAGUCGUAGUGGAGAUGGCGUCCGAAGUGCUCCCAGUCGUGAAACACACGCCCGUGAUUGCCGGCGUCUGCGGCACAGACCCCUUCAAGGACAUGCCGCGGUUCCUGGCGCAGCUCCGUGACUUGGGGUUUGCGGGGGUGCAGAAUUUCCCGACGGUGGGGCUGAUUGAUGGGCAGUUUCGCGCGAAUCUGGAGGAGACGGGGAUGGGGUUUGGGAAGGAGGUUGAGAUGAUCGGGGCUGCGGCGGGGAUGGGGUUGGUGACGACGCCGUAUGUGUUUAAUGUUGGGGAGGCGGAGGCAAUGGCGCGGGCUGGGGCGGAUGUGCUUGUUGCGCAUAUGGGGUUGACGACGAGUGGCACGAUUGGGGCGAAGAGUGGGAAGGGGCUUGAGGAGUGUGUUGAGGAGAUUCAGGCUAUCAGGGAUGCGGCUGUGAAGAUUCGCGAGGAUGUGAUUGUGCUCUGCCAUGGGGGCCCGAUUGCGAAGCCGGAGGAUGCGCGGUUUGUGCUUGAGCGGGUGAAGGGCCUGCAUGGGUUCUUUGGGGCUAGUUCGAUGGAGAGAUUGCCUGUUGAGGUUGCUAUUAAGGAUACAACGAAGGAGUUCAAGGGGAUUGCCAUGAGAACUGAGUAAUGAGUAUACACUGUAUACAUCGCUGAGCCAGAAUUAAGCUUAAUUAAAAGCGCUGAUCGCCACCAACACUAAGGAUUCAACCACUAUCGAGGAUUCAUAUAUAGAUAGUGAUCAUUGAUAUUUCAUAUAUUUUGAUUUAACCGAGUAUGGUAAAAGAUAUACAAAGUAUAUACUCGGUACUCGUCACCGAUUCUCCUCAGUCCACUGAAAGUUGUGCUUCACGCGAAUCUGCAUAGGAGCCGAAUCAUUCUCAGAGCCCACGCUUUCAUCCGUCACCAACACCUCGUCAUACUUCCUCAGGCUACUCCCCCUGCCCACAUCAGUGGUAAGGUAGAUCUCGUCCUCCUCCGGCCGGAACCGUGCUCGCUUGCCAUUCGCCGAGCGGUACGCAGGCCGAUUCCCAGUGUUCGUGAUACUCUCCGGGUUCGUCCC